CGGCUCUGAAUAGAGGAGUGGAGCGGAGCGGUUCCUAACAUUUCUGUCUUCGUUGCCGGGCGCCGUCAAUGUCGACGGGGCUGAACUUCGACUGCUCCGAUGCCGGAGCGUGGAAGCACGCGCUUUCUUCGUACGAGUCAAGAAUCGAGUCUCUAAAUAAACCCAACCUCGUCUCUCUCGACCAAUUUUACCGCCAAGAACUCCCUUCUCUCUUGCAUCAACGAGACCCUAACCCUUACAUCACCACCUCUGAGCUCUCUGAACUCAUGAAAUGGAAGCUCACUCGCGGAAAAUGGCGGCCGCGCCUGCUGGAUUUCGUGUCGUCUUUGGACGAAUCAUCGGUGAAAUCAGCUUCUGGAAAAGCCUUCGAAUCGCUUCCCGACAUCUCCAAGGCUGUGAGUGAACUCACGGUUCUCAAGGGCAUUGGUCCGGCCACAGCAUCUGCCGUUCUGGCCGCUUACGCACCCGAAACGGCUCCCUUUAUGUCCGACGAGGCAAUGAUGGCCGUUCUCGGGACUUCAAAGGAUUAUUCGUUGAAGCAGUACUUGCUGUUCACGAGUAAAAUACAGGCGAAAGCUAAGGAGCUGAGCUCGGAGGAUGAGUCAUUCACGCCUUCAGGCAUUGAAAGAGCUCUGUGGAGUUCAGUGACAGAUGCAAAGUUGAAGACAAGUGGUAAGAAGAGAAAACGGUGAAAAGAUGGACCACAAGAAGAAGAAGAAGAAGAAGAUGAU